AGGUUGAUUUUGGAUUAUGCGACAAACCUGAACGUGGCACAAACAAAUUUCCCGAGAAAGAUAGAGAAAGAAAAACAGAAAAGAGAAAAUGAUGGUUUCUUCCACUUCCAGCUUCUCGAUCCUCUCCUCCAUCUCACCUAAUAUGAGCCAAGCCGCCUCCGAGCCCAACGCCGAGUCGAGGGUUCGGAAGCUCAAGGGAAGCCCUCAGCUUAACCGUUGGUCCAGGGCUCGAUCCAUCCGCUCCGGUCGGAAACUGGACCGCCCGGUUCUACGGACCCCGAUGAAGGAGACGGACCCUCCGGUUGCCGCAGAGGAGAGUGAGUCGUCUCUCUCUUCAAUGGAGGUGGGGAGCAAUGGCGAAGACGACGCGGAAGUGUCGGCGGUCAAGUCGAUCUACAUGGUGUCUGACGGCACUGGGUGGACCGCGGAGCACACCGUCAACGCGGCGUUGGGGCAGUUCGAGCACUGUCUGGUCGACCGGGGCUGUCCCGUGAAUACCCACUUGUUCUCGGGGAUUGAUGACUUGGAGCGGUUAAUGGAGGUAGUGAAGCAAGCAGCCAAAGAAGGUGCCAUGGUGAUCUACACUCUUGCUGAUCCCUCAAUGGCUGAAGCUGCAAGACACGCCUGCACGAUGUGGGGUGUGCCGUCCACUGAUAUAUUGGGCCCAAUAACCGAGGCAGUUGCUUCCCAUCUCGGGGUCUCACCAUCUGGCCUCCCACGUUGGGCUCCAGGCAGGAACUUCCCUCUUACUGAUGCAUACUUUCGGCGUAUCGAAGCUAUUGAAUAUACUAUCAAACAAGAUGAUGGGGCACUGCCCCGAAAUUUGCACAAGGCUGACAUUGUUCUUGCUGGUGUUUCUAGAACUGGAAAGACGCCAUUAUCAAUUUAUCUUGCACAGAAAGGAUACAAAGUGGCAAAUGUGCCUAUUGUAAUGGGUGUUGAAUUGCCUAAGACUCUUUUUGAAAUAGACCCUGAGAAGGUUUAUGGGUUGACCAUAAAUCCUGUUGUCCUGCAAACAAUUCGAGGAGUAAGAGCCAGGAGUCUGGGUUUGAGCGAAAAAGCAAGGAGUAACUAUUCAGAGAUGGACCAUGUGAGGCAGGAGCUGGAGUUUGCUGGCAAUAUUUUCGCACAAAAUCCUGUCUGGCCAGUAAUAGAGGUGACAGGAAAGGCAAUUGAAGAAACCGCAGCAGUUGUGUUGAGGCUUUACCAUGACCGGAUGAACAAGUGCGCAAUGGCAAGAAUCUCAAAACAUUAUUAGAGAUGGCACUUUUUCCCCCUAAACAAACACUGAUUUGAUGCUACGAUUAACAACAGGGAGCCUAUACAAGGUUCAACUAUGGUUUUUGCUUUUUAGCAUCAGAAAAAAAAAGAAAAAGAAGAAGAAGAGAAAAGACAUGCCUCCUCAAACCCACCUGAGUGAGCUCCGGUUGUAAAUUCUGUCUUUUAACUUCUGUAUUAUGCACCCUUGUUCAGUUUUUCACCUUGCCUUGUAUGUUACCCAUGCUACAUGUUAAUAGAAAACUAUUCUCUCA